AUGGACCCGAACUUCCUACGACACAUUGACUACUUCUCGGUUCCCAACAACCAGACAAACAAUCGCACAGGAUCAUCAACGACACCAGCGCAGACGUCCAACCUCUGGGACACCACAACUUUGAACCCGGAUCCCCCGACAACCGAGUCGCCAUCCACGGCACCUACCACUCUAUCCCUAGAUUCCUUUGCGCAGCCGUCUACCGCACCGAGCUCCCUUUCCUUCAACAAGAACUCCGCCCGACAGUCCUACAACGGCCUGGGUUCUAGAACAAUUCUACCGACGAGGACACCGAAGCCCAGAGAGAACCGCGACCGGAAACGGACAAAGCUAAGCACUGAUGCGACGCCGUUUGAUAACGUAGACUACUGGAUCCAGUUUGACGAGCAGCAAGAGGCCGGCCAGGACAACGAAAUGUCUAAUUCCAACAAGGGCAAGGAGAGGGCCGUGCAAGGGCAACGGUCAACGAACACCACACAAUCCAUGGACUUUGCGGGAAUAUCUGGCCGGUCAAUCAGGCCGGAGGAUAUGAUUGACGAUAGCGCAUUGGACAAUGCCCUGUCAGAUGACGAAGAUUUCAGCUCCAUGAAUCUCGCCGAUCAGCUGUCCAAGAUCGAGUCUGCGCCACCCUCCGAGGUGCCGCAGCGUGAGGGACUGUAUUCGACGCCAUUGAGCUGGGAGAAGCCCCAGCCCGGUCUGCGGAUGGAUUCUCUUAUAGGUCUGGCAAGUCCAUCUUUAAACGAUGAAGAACAGCGACGACUUAUUGCAAUAGCAAUGAACCCUGGCUCCUCCAUGGGCGGACUGGGAUCAUCUAAUCUGGGUGCGAGCUUUGGAAGCGGGUUUGGUCCAACACUAGGCUCGGGAUUGAACUUUGGAAUGGGUAUGGGAAUGGGCAUGGGCAACAUGCCCAAUUUUACGAAUAUGGGACAAGUCACAAAUGAUGCUCCGCUGCUCAGACCCGAAUCGUUGUCUAGGGGGGAGCCACCGGCCAAGAUGCAGAGGACGAGCACGUCCGCAAGUGACAAGGGCAAGGAAACGAUGAAACCGCCACCCAUGGGAGACCGGACGGCACAUAAUGAUAUCGAGCGAAAGUAUCGGACGAACUUGAAGGACAAGAUUGCCGAAUUACGAGACGCCGUACCGGCGUUAAGCACUAUACCAGAAGGCGGCGUAGACGAUGGCGACGACGACUCAAGUCAACCAACUCGUGGACCAAAAGUUAGCAAGGGUACCGUUUUAACGAAGGCCACGGAAUAUAUCCACUACCUUGAGAAGAAGAACAAGGCUAUCAUGCAGCAACAUAACGAGCUCUCGCGACGACUGCAGGCCUUUGAGCAGCUACUCAACGCCACAGCCCGACCGACAUUCCAGAUGCCAAACUACAGCACGACACUCUUCGACCCAAGAGGUUUCUGUUAA